GGGAAAAUGCAGCGCAUUACUUCACUGCAACCCGACCGUGUCUCUACGCAGACCCGAACCCAAGAAAUACACACACUGAAGGUGAAACCACACACGCUAUCGCACCCAGCGCAUGGUGUCACUGAACACAAGCCCACGAGAGUGCUUCUACUUGGAUCCUACGGGCAUGGCUUUGCCGAACCUCGGCUCUUUUUCCUCUCCCGCAGCCGGAAAUACGACUUCGCCGGUAGAAGACCCGAGUAAGAAGGUCCGGAAACCGUACACCAUAACGAAGUCACGUGAGAGCUGGACUGAGCCGGAGCACGACAAGUUCCUCGAAGCACUCCAGCUAUUUGAUCGUGAUUGGAAGAAGAUUGAAGCAUUUGUUGGAUCUAAGACAGUCAUUCAGAUACGUAGCCAUGCACAGAAGUAUUUUCUUAAGGUUCAAAAGAGUGGAACCAAUGAACAUCUACCUCCACCUAGGCCUAAAAGGAAAGCUGCUCAUCCCUAUCCACAGAAAGCUUCGAAAAUUGCUCCGGUGGUUUCUCAAGAGCUAUCAUCAUUCCAUGCAUCCUCUGCUGUUCCUGAUCCUGGAUUUAUAAGGAGGCCAGAUUCUUCUGCAUUAGUAGGAAAUCCAGAUACGUCCAUACCUGGCUGGACAGACAAACCUGUGCACAGUACCAGUUUUUCACAUGUCACUAGAGAAGAUGCUAGAUCUGCUGGACAGUCACUGCGUAACAUUUACUCUUGUGGUAGUACUGAGAGCACUCCAAGGACACGGCCCACAGGUGACAAAACCAAACAACUGAAACUUGAACUACCAAUGACAGUUCUUCCUGAUUUUGCUCAAGUAUACAGUUUCAUAGGCAGCGUCUUUGAUCCAAAAGUGACUGGCCAUUUGCAGAAACUGAAGAAGAUGGACCCAAUUGACAUUGAGACGGUAUUAUUGUUGAUGAGGAAUCUCUCCGUCAAUUUGGCUAGUCCUGAUUUUGAGGAUCAUAGAAGGCUACUUUCAUCAUAUGAGAUUGACCUGGAGAAGGACCAUGCUUUUGACGGAGCCGAUCCCAUCCUUGGUAGUCAUCCUGAAGAUGCGGCCUAAUUGGGGCGUCGUUGGUGUGUUUAUAUUCUUUUGACAUCUUAGGAAUACUGUUGAUCAGUCAUCAUCAUAUUCAUGAUGAUUGUUGGCCUAAAUGUGCCUGCUCUUUUGAUAUCAAGAUGCGGGCUAACAUUCAGCGACGUCCUGGAGCUAUAGAAAGUUGUUAAAUCCUAUACAUGUAAUUACUGUUUCUUGUUAUAACAUCUCCUGGCUGUGCAGUUAAUGUAUCUUGUACAUAUUGACUAGAUAAAAUAAAAUGAGAGUAAAUUGUAUUGCGGGAAUGUAAA